GUUUGGACCUUAAUCUCCAAAGUCCUCACAGUCCCAAUCACUGUCCCCAUCUCUGCAGACUGCAGCGUUCCUAUCCCAAAGUUAAAUCAGCACGACUAAUCGACGAUUAGCAGCCGUGGACAUUACCCAUCCAACCUCGCCGUCACAGCUCCAUGUCGUCGGCUCCGAAGCAGGACUCUACUCAGCCACACACUCUGUCUUCUGUCCAUGGUCCAGCUGCUGUCGGCACAGACUCGGCGAUGCCGCACUUCGUGCUGGUGCCUAUGCUGGCCGCGGGCCACGCCGGCCCGAUGCUCGACAUGGCGCGCGCUCUGGCAGGCCGAGGCGCGCUCGUCACGUUCGUCACCACGCCGCUCAACCUGCCCCGGCUCGGCUGCGGCCCCGGCGACGACGCGCUCCGCAUCCGCUUCCUCCCGCUCCGCUUCCCGUGCGCCGAGGCCGGUCUACCGGAGGGCUGCGAGAGUCCCGACGCGCUCCCGAGCCUCGCCUUCCUCAAGAACUUCCACGACGCCUGCGCCAUGCUCCGGCCGCCGCUCGUCGCGCACCUCAGGGAGAGCGGCAGCACCCCGCCGGCGAGCGGCAUCGUCUCCGACACCUGCCACCCGUGGACCGGCGCAGUGGCGCGGGAGCUCGGCGUGCCGCGGCUGGCGUUGGAGACCUUCUGCGCCUUCUCCUCGUUCUGCAUGCGACAGAUGAGCGUGCACAGCGUCUUCGAGGGAAUCAGCGACGACAAGCGCCCCGUCAGCGUCCCUGGCUUCCCCAUACACGUCGAGAUGUCGAGGGCGCGGUCGCCUGGAAACUUCUCGGGUUUUGGCAAGGUGUUCGCCGACGAGGUCAUGGCUGAAAACGCGAGAGCCGACGGCCUGGUGGUGAAUAGCUUCGCCGAGCUCGAGCCCCUCUUCGUUGAUGCCUAUGAAGCGGCGCUCGGCAAGAAGGUAUGGACCGUGGGGCCUCUCUUCCUCCAGCACAACAUGCCGUCGACGGCGACCUCUGACUCUGAGGACACGGCCGCCGUCCGGUGCUCGACAUGGCUCGAGUCCAAGAAGUCUCGAUCCGUGGUGCUCGUGAGCUUCGGCAGCCUGGUGCGCUCGUCGCAGUCGCAGCUCGUGGAGAUCGCGCACGGGCUGGAGGCGAGCGACCGGCCGUUCAUCUGGGCGGUGAAGCCCGCCAGCCUCGGCGAAUUCGAGCGGUGGCUGUCCGACGACGGCUUCGAGCGCCGCGUCGGGGACAGGGGGCUCGUCGUCACGGGCUGGGCGCCGCAGAAGGCGAUCCUGUCGCACCCGGCCACGGGCGCCUUCGUGACGCACUGCGGCUGGAACUCCGUGCUGGAGUGCGUCGCGGCGGGGCUGCCGAUGGCGACGUGGCCGCACUUCGCGGAGCAGUUCAUGAACGAGAAGCUCGUGGUGGACGUGCUGCGGGUCGGGGUGACCGUCGGCGUCACGGACGCCGCACAGUGGGGCGUGGAGACGGAGGGCGUGGUGGCGACGCGAGAGGAUGUGGAGAGGGCCGUGGCGGCGGUGAUGGACGGCGGCGUGGAGGGAGCAGCGCGGCGGGCGAGGGCCGCUGAGCUCGGCACGAAGGCAAGGGACGCCGUGGCGCGUGGCGGCUCGUCGGACCGGAACGUGGCGCUUCUGAUGGAGACCGUUGAGCAGUUGAAGUCCACCGUGUGAGAUGGACACGAAUAUUUAAAAUAUAGAUAAGUUUUUUAUCACUAGAAUUAAAAAAAUAAGUUUUUUUUAUCAGUUGCUAAUGUGAUACGGGCUUAUUUGGUGGCUUUAUGAGUUAUUGUGAGCUGUUUUUUUUUGCCAAACAUUUAUUUUUAAAACAGUUUUAUAGGUAAAGUUGUUUUUCCCCUCCUCUCACAAAGACAUAAGUUGAGAUGAAACUGAAAAAUGUAGCUUAUUGUAACUUUCUCCCUCAUUUCACUCUCUCUCAACUAUGUAUGAAGUAGUUGGUGAAGAUAUUUUGUCAAACAUUUUUUCUAAAACAGUUCAGCUUCAUCUAGAAAGUCACUCAUGAAUCUAUUUUUUAAAAAAACAGCGUUACUAGUGAAGUUGAGGUAAACAAGUCCUUAGUAAUUAUGAGAACUGCCUUAUUGCUGUGAUGCUGUCCAUGGAUUUCUACUUUUCUAGUGCUUGACAUGUUGGAUGAGGAGCUCCAAGUUCCGGUACGACGACCCACCGUGCGCCACGGCCUCCCGAGCCUUCGUGCCGAGCUCGGCGGCCCUUGCCCGGCGGACGGAGCCCUCCUCCCCGGAGUCCAUCACCUCCGCCACGGCCCUCUCCACGUCCUGCCUCGUCGCCACCACGCCCUCCGUCUCCACGCCCCACUGCGCGGCGUCCUUGACGCCGACAGGCACGCCGACCCGGAGCACGUCCACCACGAGCUUCUCGUUCAUGAACUGUUCGGCGAAGUGCGGCCACGUCGCCAUCGGCAGCCCCGCCGCGACGCACUCCAGCACGGAGUUCCAGCCGCAGUGCGUCACGAAGACGCCCGUCGCCGGGUGCGACAAGAUCGCCUUCUGCGGUACCCAGCCCGUGACGACGAGGCCCCUGUCCCCGACGCGGGACUCGAAGCCGUCGUCGGACAGCCAGUCCUCGAACUCGCCGAGGUCGCCGGGCUUCACCGCUCAGAUGAACGGUCGCCUCGUCGCCUCGACGCCGUGCCCGAUCUCGACGAGCUGCGGCAGCGACGAGCGCACCAGGCUGCCGAAGCUCACGAACACCACCGACCGGGGCUUCUUGGACUCGAGCCAGCUCAGGCACCGGACGGCGUUGGCGUCCUCGGUCGUCGUCGCCGUCGACGGCAUGGUGGUGGUGGGGGUUAGGAAGAGCGGCCCGACGGUCCAUAUCUUCUUGCCGAUGGCCGCCUCGUAGGCGUCGACAAACACGGGCUCGAGCUCGGCGAAGCUGUUCACCACCAGGCCGUCGGCUCUCGCGCUCUCGGCCAUGAUCUCCUCGCCGAACUCCUUCAUGCCGGGACCCGUGAAGUUCCCUGCUGGCGACCUUGCCCUCGAGAUCUCGACGUCGAUGGGGAAGCCAGGGACGCGCACGGCGCGGCUGUCGUCGUCGACGCCGUCGAAGAUCCUGUGGAGAUUCAUCUGGCGCAUGCAGAAAGAGGAGAAGGCGCAGAACCCGUCGAACGAGAGCCGCGGCACGCCGAGCUCCCUCGCCACGCCGCCGGUCCACGGGUGGCAGGCGUCGGCGACGACGCAGCUCGCCGGCGGGGUGUCGCCCUCCCUGAGGUGCGCGACGAGCGGGCCGCGGAGCAUGGCGCAGGCGUCGUUGAAGUUGCCGAGGAGGCCGAGGCCCGGCAGCGCGUCGAGGCUCUCGCAGCCCUCGGGGAGGCCUGCCUCGGCGCAGGGGAACCGGAGCGGGAGGAAACGGAUGGGGAGCGCGUCGUCGCUGGCGGCGCGGCCGAGGCGGGGCAGGUUCAGCGGCGUGGUGACGAACGUGACGAGCGCGCCGCGGACCGACAGAGCGCGGGCCAUGUCGAGCAUCGGGCCGGCGUGACCCGCGGCCAUCAUCGGCACCAGCACGAAGUGCGGCGCGGGGUCAGCGCCGGACACGGUGGCGGCACGUCCAGGCGACAUGGCAGACGACCGGGCGAGUAACUUUGACGGAGUGUAGGAGUCGUUCUCGGUUUGGAACUUUUUGUCAGUUCCGGUGUGGAUAGAGGGUGCCAGGGUUGCUUGUGUUGCCGUGCAAGCUCGAGUGCUCCUAAAUCAUAAAUGGUGGUCGUCGAACUAAACACGACGUCGACCCGGUGCAAGAGAUGAUAUUGUUUACUCGCGCGACUCCGAAAUUGCUGGCGUUAGAUUGGGUA